GAGUCUACGGUUGGUUUGAUGGUUGUGAACAGUGCAGGGGAGUGGAGAGACGCUGGGAGAGGACUCGAACACUCACACACACUCACACACGCACUCACACACACUUAUCAUUCUCGCACACACACGCAACACACACUCGGAGGAAAAAGACGCACCGAAAGACGCACGAAGGUCAGCGGCGUUUUUCUCCGAUUCUGCGCUUUUUUUUUUCUCUCAACGGCUGAAGAAAGAAAAAGUUUCCAGAGAGAGAGGAAGAGGAGCGGAGUGUCGCUCGGUCUGAGCACGCACAGUCACACACAGGCGCUCUUCGGCUGCUUUGUGUUUUGGAAAUUAUCCUCCAGUCUCUGCACUUUUUAGUUUUACAUUUUCAGUUUUUUUUUUACGCACGUUGUUUCUCGCGGGGGAUCCCUGCUGUUUUCUUUUUUUUUAUUUUUGCACACAUCGUCACUCACUCAGGCUUUGUGUUGAUAAGGAAGACGGAGAAAGAACAAGAAGGAAAUCUGGACCAGGGCGGACUAAAGGGGGACAAAAACUCACCAGGUAGGCGCUAUUAAUUAGACAUGGGAUCAAUCCUGCACGUUACCUGCAGCUGCUGCAGAGACAGCAAGUCAAAGAAAAAUCCUAAAUGUGAGAGAAAUAUGCUUUUAAAACUGUACGAUGUCUAUAAACUCUGAAUACAUUUAGUCAAACUUUUAAUAUCUGCUCCAAAAGUAUUGAUGAAUAUUGUAAUGAUGAAUAUUGAAUGAUUUUAACUCUGAAUUUCCCUUUGGGGAUCAUUAAACUUCUUAUCUUUUAUAAUUAAAAACUCAUUUGAACACCAUGAGGGGGAUGCAUAGGAUUGAAAGUGUCUUAAAGCAGAAUUACAGUAAUUUCUGUGGAGCAUAAAUGUGACUUAUGAGCAUUUUUAGAGAUUCAAAGUGACAUGAAAGGUGACAUUGUCAUCGUGGGCUCCUUGCUGUACAGAACAAUAGACAACUUACUAUCUGAUCAUUCAGGGAGUUCAAUCAGAAUCUGGGUUUUCAUGCAGCGUGGACACUUUCUGAUGGUGUCCAGGAGGGUUCCUGAGCUGCUUUGGAUAUUUUAUUUUUAACAAUAUGAACUCCUUGUUUGUUCCAAAUAUGUGCACUAAGAACACCUCACACACACACACACACACACACACUCACACUGACACACAUAUAUGAACACAUUGUUCCAAAGUCAUGCUGAUGAUUUCAACGGUAUUAUUUUUCCACACUGAUUCAGAGUGAAAUCAGGCACUCCUCACUUAUCUGAGAGGUUGGUCUGCUGCGUGGCACUUCACCUGGAAAACUACACAUCUGCAUCCUUUGUGUGUGUGCGUGUGUGUGUGUGUGUGUGUGUGUGUGUGUGUGUGCCACUGGUGCCAUUGUGCCAGCACACGCCUCACUUCUCCAGGUGAAAAGGCGAACUUGCCAAACUCGCUUUUGUGAAGCAGGACCUCAAUUACAGCCUGCCAUUCACAGACGCCUGUCACACACAAACACGCACACUCAUGCGCACACACACACACACACACACACACAUCUGCUGUGGUAAAGUGGAAUAAGAUGGCAGGCUGGUGGAUAUCAGAGUGCGAUUGCAGCCGGCUGUUGAACUCACACUGAGCAUUAUUGGAGCUUCUUCUCACGUGAGCUGAAGGAGUCCAGUGUCUGUUUUUAGAAACUCAGUGUGGAGCUUUUAUAGCUCGAGUGUCCGCGGUUAUUUCACCCUUCAGACGCAGCCUUGUCUCCGCAGCUGAUGAUGGACAAUCUCCCUCCUCACCGGUUCAUACAGAGGAGUCUCACUGCAGCUAAAAAUAAAGAUUCAGCUCACACAUUUACGCAUUUUUGUGAAGAACAGCAGAAAACACCUUCGCUGACAAAACCGGCAACCUUUGUAGGAUGUGCUUUUGUAUCCGGGCUGCAGCUGAAGAAAACCGGUAUUGUUUUGUUUAGAGUGUCUAUUCUUGUGAAGCUUCUUUGUGUUAUUCAUCAAACCCUGAAGAUGUUGAGUUAACCAACAUGUGAAUCUCAGUGUCUCUGUUGAGUCUUAACCAACAGUUUUGUAACACAGACAACAUUUGGAGUGACAGGAUUACAGUCAGAAAGGAAGUCAGUUCACUUUAGAAGACCGUUACCGUACUUUUGACUCAUUUGACGUUUCUGUGGAUGUUUGCUUUACUUUCUAUUUUUUGCUAAAAUCUCAUCACAAAGACAAUGAACCAUGUUUGUGUUUGUCUAAGUGGUGUUGCCGUACCUGUACCUGUGGCGCGGUGUCUCCGUGGUUGGAUGUAGAGCUCGGACAGUUCUAACCCUGACUGCCAAGGACAUAUUUUAGGCGAGGAAUCGUUUGUAUGGAGCAGCUCUCAAACCAGUUUAUUAUCAGACAUCAGAGGGCGGAUAUGAAUGUAUGAAUGAACGGAGACCGCUGUUAUUAUCAGACACAUCUACCAACUGGUGAAACAUUUAGCGAGCGCUUCAAUCAAGUAUUCUGUGACCCCACGUCCAAAAAGAGUGGGGAUGGUUGGUAAAGUGUGUUGUGAAUCAGAUCUGGAUGGCCGUGAACUUUGGACUCUGUAGUGGAAAUCACGGCAUAGACUCAAAAUCAUCAGAGUUUUCAUGAAUGUAUGAACAUGAUACAUAAAUGUUGGUGACCUCUCAGGACAUGAGCCCGUUUGAGAUGGACUGAGAGUCUGAAUCAGGUCCACCUUCACCCUCUGAAUGUAUAACUAACGCUGUAAUCGUAUUAAAACUCUCUGGUGCGUAACUACACUUCAACAUUAGAAGUACUUCUCUAAUUAUUCUUUCACCUCUGAAAUGUUUCACGCUGUUUUUUGAUUGGUUGAUUUGUAGGUCAGUGAAUAAGCAUCAGCUGGAGCAGGAGUAGUUCUUUUCGACGUCGUAGUAUUUGUGUUUUUAGGUGGAAUAAAACCCCACAUAUCUGCUCGUCUCUGCCAUCGUCUCCUCACAGGCGGUGUUUGUCAUUUUUCCCGGCUCAGUCAGGGUGAGUCGAGGCCUGCCUGGCUCUCUGCACUGAGACUCUCUGGGCCUAUUCUGGGCGAGGCGAGCCCACCACCUACACAUCCUGCAGGGGUGGAGAGAGGCAUGUGGUCCUCCCAGCAACCCGGGCCUGCUGACUGCCACUCCUCUGUUAGCUGAACCUCCGCAGGGCCUCACAUGCACAUAGGAAGAGUAGAAAACAACAACUCCUCUUUAGCUUUCUGUCAAGUUUAAGGUGGCAAGUGACACUUUUUUGGCACCGAUCUGAGCGUCUCUUUUCUUUGUGAGGGUUGAGAUUGGAGGCAGAGUGAAUGACAGAGACGCUUUUGAGGAGGAAUACUGAUCUGACGGGCUGACAGGGCAGCGAACAGGCAAACAUCCAGGAAGGGUUUAUUCAUACAUGGAUUCUGCUCUGCUGCAUUGAACGCUAAAGCAGCAAAAUAUCACGUUCUCUGUGUUUCACCGCGACACAUUCGAGCUUCAAACUACAGCAACAACUCGGUCAACACUCUGCAUGCAUGAGGAACAGCAUUAACUCUGUGAGCAGCAUCUUUGUCGUCUUCAGCCCGCGUCUUUGUCUGUAUCCCACACAUCGAGCAUGAAUACUUUCAACACCUGAAAACAUGCCGAUUACUGAAGAGCCCACCUGUACCAUUCAAUCUAAAAAUGUCAGGCACCUGUCGUGGCGCUCUUCAUGGAAAAGUGGUCCAUCCAGGCGCCAAAUUUAACCUUUUCACGCACCUGCUGCAGCCUGAUAAACUGCAAUCAUGCCCCUGCUGGAGUCAUGUGUACAGACCAAUUUUAAGUCUUUUUAGGGGGAAGGGUUAAUUUUUUUUUUGUAGAAUCAAGUGUAUCUUGAAUGAUUUUAACCCGAUGAGUCUCGGGUUUUUAAGGUCUUCAGAAGAAAUCUCAAGCAGCAAUUUGAGUUUCGUCUUUUUUGGCAGAGUCAUGAACUCUCGAUCGUCUUUUUGCUUUCAUGGCUCCAAAUCUCUCAUCCAGGCGGGAGAAACCGAAGUUUAGAUGCUGCUACUUUAUUCAGCCAAAUUAAAAAAAAAGGCAAAUAUGAUCAUUUCAGAGCCGCCGUCGGCGUCGUCGUGUUGAUUUCUGUACGACUUUUAAAAAAAAGGAACGAUUUGGGUUUUUCUCGCCAUUUGGUGCUCAGCAGGAGGAUUUCAGGCUCUGCUGUCAGAAAAUGACUUCCCUGACAUUUAUGCUUCCCAAAUGUUUGUAGGACUUGACUUGAAGUUUUUCAGCAUUAAAGGAGCAGUUCAACAUUUUUGAAAAUAUUCGUAUUAGAAGGUUUGAUCAGUCUAGAUCCAUGUGUGCAGAACGUGUGAGAUAGAGCGGGGACAGGAGAACAGCUCAUGUGAACCCGUGUUCGUCUCACAUUCAUGGUAAACUUUGGCGAUUGUUGACGUGUGCUUCUCUUUCAGGUAUGGCGGCGGUGUUGCCGAGGACCCUGGGUGAGCUGCAGCUCUACAGGAUCCUGCAGCGGGCGAAUCUGCUCUAUUACUACGAGGCCUUUAUCCAGCAGGGCGGCGACGACGUGCAGCAGCUGUGCGAGGCUGGCGAGGAGGAGUUCCUGGAAAUCAUGGCCCUCGUUGGCAUGGCCAGCAAGCCCCUGCAUGUACGCCGUCUACAGAAGGCGCUGCGGGACUGGGUCACCAACCCGGCCAUCUUCAACCAGCCGCUGACGUCGCUGCCUGUCUGCAGCAUCCCUGUCUACAAGCUCCCCGAGGGCUCGCCCACACUGCUCAGUGGGCAGGACCGAGCCAAUACCGCCAGCGUCAAGAUGCCCAAAGCUGUGGCCGCCGCCUGCUCCGACCCCGGGAAGCUGGAUGUGGCGCGGGACAAAGUGUCAGCCGGGUCGCCUCUGCAGGGCAGCAGCGAGGCCCGCUUCUGGUCGGGCCACAGCAACGACAGCGAACACAGCCUAUCACCGUCAGACCUCGGCUCUCCGUCAUCACCCAGAGACGCAUUAGAGGCUCUGGACGCCGCCGCUGUCCAGUCGGUCCUGGAGUGUGUAGACCGGAUGGCUCCUGGACUCGCUAAGACAGACGUGUCUGAGGUCAAAGAGCAGCUGAAGAACAACAAGAAACUGGCAAAGAUGAUCGGACACAUCUUUGAAAUGAGCGACGACGACCCACGCAGGGAGGAGGAGAUUCGUAAAUACAGCGCCAUCUACGGACGCUUUGACUCCAAGAGGAGGGACGGCAAACACCUGACGCUGCAUGAGGUUGUCCAAAAUAAAAAUAAAAUGAACUUCUCCUCAAAGAUCUGAGGUUUAUGUAACUACAGUGAUGUUUCUGUGAUCUUAACCGACUCUUUGUGAUGUGCAGCUGACUGUGAACGAGGCGGCGGCUCAGCUCUGUAUGAGAGACAUGGCGCUGCUGACACGUCGAGACGAGUUGUUUGGACUAGCCCGCCAGAUUUCCAGAGAAGUCACCUACAAAUACACCUACAGGACCAGCAAGUAAGAGCUUCAGCCGAGUCUGUCUUUGUUACAUCUCCACUUUCUGCCAAACUUUUCCGUUUGAUUUUGCAACUUGAGCUACAAAAGUUCUGAAAUCGAGUCGGAGCUGACAGAAACUCUAACGUCCUGAUCUGUGUUUCCUGUUGCAGGUCUCGCUGUGGGGAGAGAGACGAGCCGUCGCCUAAAAGGAUUAAAACAGAGGUAAGUUUGUCAAUAACAGUCUGAAACAGCUGCAGUCCUGAACCUUGUAGUCCGACACACAACAGCAGAUUCAUGUUUCUGCUCUGGAGGUGACGGUGGACGGAUGCUGCUCAUGCUGUUAACACUCCUCCUCUUCUUCACAGCUCUCAUAAAGAUUUCCUCUCGAUCACUUCUGUUCGAUCAGGUUUUUGUAAAUCUGAUCAAAUUACACAUCUCGAUAUUAAUGUUGAAUGAACCGAGCCGUGUUUGGUCAGAACAAACAGAACAGACGGUCAGUAACAGAGCACAAAACGGUCCCUCGGCUGUCCUCUCCUCAAUAGUUCCUCUCAGUUUGUGAUCGAGAACAUGUGCUGGAAACAAACUCUGCAGGGAUUUGAGACGAGAAGACGAGCUGGAGAUAAACGGACACCUGCUCAGUCCAACCGAAAAAAAAAGAAAGAAAAUUAAAGCAGGAAACUCCCGACCUUCCCACUCUACAACAUUUACACGUUGGUGCAAAUAUCACUGGUUCAUGACGAGAUCUUUUCAUUAUUGCAUGUUAAAUAUAUUUAGAAACACCUUUUUCUGUGUGAAUGAAUCCUGCAGAGUUCAAGAGCUUUCAUAUUGAUUCAGUAGAGUCGAUAUAGUCUGAACUAUAGAUACUGAACCAAACCAGAGCAGGAGAAGAGAAGUACGAACUGGUCCUUUAAACGUUUCCCAACUUUGUUUUGACAGUGGACAUGUCGAUAAUCGUGGACUGAGCCAAACUGAAGUGUCUGCUCGGUGGGAAAUCAGACACUUCUGGAAAAAUAACCACAAUAUAAACUUUCUAUCAUGAAAAUUCAAGGUGCCACGCUGGCAGUGAACUUAUCCAGCUGUCUGUCUCUCUGUGUUUUUGACUCCUUCAGGAGAACUUCUUCGACAUCCAGGAAGCGCUGCAGGCGAUCCACAUGAGGCAGGAGAUGCUGAGGGAGCAGCUGGCCUGCGCCAAGUCAAAAGGAGAAGAAACAGUGGGGAGAAACCUGCAGGUAAACAGAGAGAAGAAGAUCAAAUGUUCACUAAACCCCCCCUUUAAAAAAGAAAAAAAGCUUUAUUUCAGUAUUUAUAGCAGGUACUGAAAGAUGGAGGUUUGUACUCACCUUCGGAGAUGGUUGUGGUUUCAAUAAUUGAAUAAAUGAAGAGACUGGGAGGAUUUCCUUCAACGAACACGCUGACAGAUUUGAGUGAGAGCAGAUGUUCUUCACACAGGAUCCAGUUUGAUCCCAGUAAUCAUCUUUAUUGGUUUCCAGUGAUUCUGCCGCUGCUGUGACUUGUUCCUCAUUAGAGCCGAGUGUAGGAGGAGAGCUUCAUGAUAACUCAUUACCAAGGAAACAUGUUCAUGUGACACGUGUGUGUGUGUGUGUGUGUGCUCCUUCACUUCUUCAUAUGUCAACAUGUGUCUGCUCUUAUAAAUAUGUGUGUGUGUGUGUGUGUGUGUAUAGGCUGCAGACACACUUGUCAUCCUGAUGUGAUUUUUCAGAAAUCGCAUUCAGCAGAAGAAGAGAUUUCAUGGCUGCUUUCACACCGCAGGGCCUCUGAACCGCCGCUUAUAUCAGACGCUUCACUGUGUGACGACGUGAAUCGCAUCCCAUAAUAAUCUGAGCUGACAGUGACGUACAGACUGACAAUAAGAAGAAACACUCCAUGUUUUUAUUUCUGCACAUAUCUAUGAACGUGAGGCGUCAACUGUCAGUCAGUCGUCGUCCGUGUUAACGCUCAACGACGUCCUUCCAGCUCCAGCGAAGCGUCUCCAGGCUGAAUGGAUGAGCUUCAAACGGACCAUUUUUUGUUCUAAGUGGAGUUAAAAGUCUGGUUUAUGAAAACACUUCAGAGGAACAUCUUGAAUUCAUACAGAAGUGCGUUAUUUUGUAGAACGCAUCGGUCUUUUCUUCUGCUCGUCUUUGUUUGGAGUCAGAUCAUCUCAUUUUGGUCCUCAGACUGAAACUCUUCUCACUAAAACCUUUCUUCUCUUACAGAUGCAGCUGGAGCGUCUACUGGCCCGGCAAAUGGAGAUCUUGCAGGAUGCCGCCGUCCAGGAGCGACUCCAGGCUCUGGACUGGAGGAUCCCUCCGGCCGCCUUAAAGUACCUCAACGACGUCCAGAACACCAACGGAGCUUCUGCCGACGCCAGCAGAGACAACCAGGGUAAGUCAGUCAGUCCAGCCCUGAAACUGUCCUCUUAGAUUUCCUGAUGAAGACGCACAACUUUAAGACGAGUUCAAAACUUGUGAGUCGACUUCUGAUGCUUGUUACCGAGAUUUUUUACUUCACUGGUGCUUUAGUAGAACAGGUGCUCCACAGAAACCUUCAAAACACCAAAAAAAAGACGUAUUUCAACCUUCAUCUGUCAUGAUUCCACUCUUCUGGGGUUGGUUUGAGCCCAUUUUUUAGCUGCUUUGCCAAACUGUGAUCAGCUCACUGCUGCUUCGAGUUUCUAUCACAGAGAAAACAUCCAGGGGUGGUUUAGAGUUUCAGCCAAUUUGUCGCCCAUUGUUGUUUUUUUUUUCUACGGAAACAGACUGAAUCUGAGUUUAAUGUGACUUGAUGUUCUCCGGAGUGCGUCAGGGGAUUAAUUUCAUGUCAGAAACGCCACAGGAUGGAAACAACACCUAUAGGUGCUAAAUUUGCAGCCGUGGCAGCUGUCAGUUUUUUUUAUUUUAUUUUAUUAUCUCUGACUCCUCGAACACAGAGGGGAGGAAGAAGAGAGAGAGAGGGGGAGAGAGAGAGAGAGAGAGGGAGAGAGAGAGAGAUGCAUCAUUAUUCAGGAUCUUACUUCUCCUCAGGGCCUCAUCUCAUUUUCAUCCCUUUCCUCACUCACCCACUCCCGACAGCUCAUUAUAUCGCUGUUCCCACAAAUCCCACAAUGCACCUGUAAUUAUCACGCCCACGCCUGUUUACCUCCAGCCAGUUGCCUGGAGGGGGGCGUCUCUCUCUCUCUCUCUUUUUCUCUCUCUACCUCUCUCUGUCCUCCCCCACUCCUUCUCUGUUUUCCUUCCUCCUGUCUCUGUUCUUUCUUCUUUUCUGUCAUUUGUCGUUUCUUCUCUUUUUCUUCUCGUCCUCUAACUGUCCCCUCUCUCUCUCUCUGAUCACAGAUUUUCCUAUUUGAAUCCGUCUCUUCCUGCAGGAACGUCCCCUCCGCCCACAUUUAGACUCUGUCUUCUGAUUCGAGGCUUUCACACACUUUGAUUUGAUUAUCUGAUGUUUCAUUAAAUACGUUUCAUGAAACAGUCAAACCUGAACCUUCUCCGGCUCAGAAUAAUGAGAGCAUCUCGUCAGGGUUCCUGUAGAUCCUUUAGAUCCCACUUCUCCUUUUCAGAGCGAGUAAUAAUAUCUUUAAUGGAAUCUGUGCUGUCCAGAUAGCAUAACCUGAUUUUUUUAAUGUUAUUGUAUUCUUAAAUAAAUUACAGCAGCUUAUCAUGAACUCAAAGACUCAAAGAUGAAAAAUAAUGAUGAGACAACCGACAAAAUAUACAAGAAAGCUUUCUAAACUCCAGAUCAAACUGAUUAAAAAUACCACGUCUGUGUCUUGCUUGUUUUUUCCUCUUUCUUUGGUUCCAAAAAAGUCUAAAGUUUGUUUUUUAAGUGUGCAGCUCCCUGUUCCUGCUUUUUGUUAAAUGUGACUUUAAAGCUGUUUUAUGUGUUUUAGACUCGUGGUUUAAUUAAAUCAAAAUGACUUUGAGCUUUCAGAAUUUAUUUUCUAAUCAUUUUAUUUUCUAUUGAAAUUGAGACUAAAAUCUGCAGAUAAACUGUUCAGUUUUCAGACGUUAAUCCUUACAGUUCUGGCUUUAAAAAACCUGAUUGAUUGAAAUAAACUCAAGAUAUUUCCAGUAUUUCUCCUUACAGACAUCUGAUCGUGGACAAUAUAAAAACAAAAUGAUAUUAACUUCCCCUCAUGUGACAUUAUUGGAGUCAAAAACAGGAAACACAGUCGUAAAUCAGCUGAUUCAGAAAAGAGACAGUCUCUCUCUCUAUGAGGCAUGAAAUACAGUUGAAUCUCCCCCCUCUCUCUGUCUCUCUCUCUGUCUCUCUCUCUCUCUCUGUCUCUUUCUCUCUGAGAGGGAAUAAAGACAAACACGAGGGAUCAGAAGCUUAACUCACACAAACACGGGCUUUGUCACCACUGGGAAUAUGGAACAUGUUAAACAAAGCCUGUGAUGGAGCGACAUCAGGGCGGAUGUUUGCACAUAUCCCUCUGAAAAUUCACUCCCUUUAUGUUCUCUCUGUUGAUAAACGUCUUUGAGUCGAAUAUUUUAUCAGCUAAUGAUCAAUAAAUCGACCCAAAGAGCUCGACGACGGGAGAGAGAGAGAGAAAGCAGCGAAACCAGAGUCAUCCUGUUUGUUUCUGUCUGCAUCUUUCUUCUAGAGGAGCGACCAAUCAACUUGCGGGUUGUUAGCCAGAACAUGCAGGAAGGGGACCUCCCAUUGGGGAAGCAGCUAGCCAAUGAGCUGAAGCGCCAUCACAACCAUAACAACAACAGCAACAACACAGACGAGACCAAAACACCAGCAACAGGUGAGUGACGUCUGACGAAAUCUGUCUAGAGCCACUCUGGAGAGGACGAGUAUGUCGAGGACUGAAGAUGAGAAUAAAACCAGAGGAUUUUCUUUUAAACUCUGUGCUGAUGAUCCUGUCUCCGACCUUUGUCCUCAGAAAACGGGACGUCGCAGCGAGUGUCCAACAGCACAGAGAAGAAGACCAUCAAAUCAGAGCCGGAAGACUCCACAUAGUGCCUUCCGCCUCGCCCCACCACCACCACCGCCACCCUCCACCCACCUAGUACCCAACCCUCAAUUCAUUCUACUCACACUUGACAGUAUGCAGUUAUCCAUCAAUAGAUACUAAGCAAGCACAGCCACAGUAGAGCCUUAACAACCAAUGUUGCCUCAUGAAUAGCAUUUAUUUUUCUUUGACUUUGUCUUUUUGUUGGGAAGUUCUUUGCCAAAGCACCGAGAGAGCACGUCGAGAAGCCCCUCAGUGCUCCGCAGGUCUUUGUCCGUUGAUUAAUUGUACGUUGAGUAUACAUGUAAUUUAAGAGUGAUCUGUUGCAGACAUUUGUAAACUCUUUACCUCUGCCUGGGUGGUAUUUCUGUCGCUUCCUUUGACAGCCGGGUUUCAGGCUGCGACGCCGGGGCUGACUCUUAAUUCAAACGUAGAUUCAGAGACUAAAAGAAGCAGAGAUGUUGCGGCGCGUCCUCACUGUGGUAGAAUAUUUCAAAUAUUUGGAGGUGCUCUCGGGGUGGUACGGCCCCCACUUUAGUACGACUGAAAGAUCCUGAUGAGUAUCAGACGGGUAAACCAUGAAUUUUUACAAAGACUUUGAUGCACUUUAGAAGAUGAAACCUGCAGACUUCAGACGCCCUUUGACUUUGAGCCGCUUGAAGGUCAACCUUUUAUUGUCAAAGAGGUAAUAUUAUGUUUUUAUUUCACAUAAAACAACAAAUCAAGUGUUGGAUGUCAACACAAAACAUGGGCACAGUUUCAAAAAGUGAAACUAAGUCAGAAGAUCUGCUUCAUUUGUGACUGAUCACUGAAAACCUGCGGUGUCCAAAACAGAUGGAUGAACAACAACAGUGGAGGAGGCUUCCAGAGGGCCGACAGGAGGUCAGCGAGGCAGAAGCUGAAAAGAAGCCUUUUUAGAUAGAUAGUAAAGGCUGAUCUGAGUUCAGAGCUUGUAAAGCGACAAAAUAAAGACUGAAAAUGAGCAGAAUACCUCCUCUUUAAACAGCUGAAACGUCUCCUCAUAAUCGACACCCUCGUCCAACACAGAGUAGAAAUAUUUGACUGAGUGAAGAGACUCAAAAACAACAUGAAGUGGUAAUCUGGUGAAAUGAUACCCAAACUUUACAUUUCUGUGAUUUUAAAUGACAAGUAUAGAAGAUCUGAAAACUGACCUCCAAUCGUCGCCCUUUUCUCCAUCCAUCAGCUGCGGUCUUCUGAGCCUCCGUCACUCUCCCAGAUCCAGCCGUGGUGUGUCUGCUCUCGUACUGUAUCUCAAAAACAGAGUUUUUUUAAAGUACUGUAGGGAGAACGAGUUAAGAUUCAGCCCCUGGUGCUUGUUAAUUUUUUUUGUCGUUCACUUCAAAUGAUAAAACAGAAGAGGUGGGAUCGAUCCCUCCCUCCUCCUCCUCCUCCUCGCUCUUGUCUUGUGUAUAUUUAUGGGAGGUAAUAUAAAAAGAGGAUGUAUAGGAGCUGUUGUGGAGGAACAGCAGGGGACCUCUGUCAUUCGUCUUGGCAGGAUGGCUGGGCUGGCAUGCCGGAGGCCGAGCUAAUUGGUUCAUUUCACUUUGUAAUUUAGCAAAACACUGCUGUUGAUCUGAAACCACGCAUCUGCAAAUGGGGAGUAUUUCAGGAAUAAAGCCUCUGUAUUUUUAAGAAAUGAUCCGACAAGCUUUCAGCAGACCCCACAGGUCGUAAAUCCUCUAAAUUUGUUUUUAACUCAAGACAGGAUUAAAUAUUAAAGAUUGCAGGCAUGUGGUUUCUCAACAGCAGCUGCAGAAAGCUAAAUUCCUGUUUAUCGCUGCUCUUGGCGGAGCAGCAGCCCGGGGUCUGUAAAUAGUUCUGUGAUAACAAAUAGUGCUAGCCUAAUCUCUCAACCAGGGUUUUCCUUUGUCAAAUGUAACUUUGCUGUAGAUUUUCAGUGUCAAUACGGUGUUUAUGUAUGUAGAGCAAAAAGAAAAAAGAAAACUUAAGUGUCACUGAGGAAAAAAUACAACUGUGUGAAAGUGUCUGGUGUAUAAAAACAUGCUUUACAUGAUGAAAAUGUUGAUUAGCCUUAGCUCUUACCAGUGUUUCACCCACCUGUGAUGGCCGUCAGUGCUUCUUUCAAACACGUGUUUUUGCUGUUUAGAGGUAAAUCCAUAAAUAAGUGUUCACUGUGUUUUUAUGUGUAAAUACAUCCGUUUGGUCCCAGAUGAUAAUAAUGAAAAUAAUGUUCAGACAAACUUGGUCUAACCGUCCUCUGCUCCCCUCUCCCCUGCAGAUAGUUUAGUCUCACUCAGCGUAAUGACAGACCAAUGCAAUAUUUAUGUAAGUAAUAAGUCUAUUUGCAUUCUCUGUGGAUCCAUCACUUGUUGUGUGCUCAGUAACUGUACGUCUGUCAUGAUUUCAGGGUGGAUUUCACCUUCAGCUAAAGAAAUGUUUCUGUUGUCUGACUCUGAGUGUGCAGGGCUCUGUACGUUUAUUUAAAGACACCAGAUCUUUGAAAAAGUUCAUGAGGUGGAUUUAUUUCAAGCAGGAGAAACUGGUGAGGGUUCAUUCAAUCUGGACUAGCUGGUGCAUUCUGGGAGAUGAAGUCAUCACGGUUCAGGGAUAAAACUGGCCCUGAUCGGCUCACACAGCGGCGGCGGCGGCCCUGUUAGCGUGACUGUUGUACGAUGUUUCAGAGAAUAUGGCAUGUCUGAGCUGCCGUCUCACCGAUCACUGUUCUCCUCACUGUUUAUUGUAAAGUGAUAGAUUAGGCUUCACCUAGUUAUGCACCUGUUUUUUAAACACUAAUAUAUUUUAUUUGUUAUACAGCACAUAAACAUUAAACUUUAUUUUUUGAACUCUA